AUGUCUGGCGAGAUCGGUAUCGCAAACCUGCCCAACCAGAGGCACAAGAUCGUCAACCAGCGCGGCUCGCACUUCACCAUCAUGGUCGUUGGCGAGUCGGGUCUCGGUAAGACGACCUUUAUCAACACGCUGUUUGCGACCGAGAUCUCCAACGCCCGCAACUACCGUCAGCGCUUUGCCAAGCAGCUCGACAAGACGACCGAGGUGGACAUUCUCCGUGCCGACCUCGAGGAGCGCGGUUUCAACAUGCGCCUUACGGUUAUUGACACCCCCGGCUUCGGCGACUACGUCAACAACCGCGAUUCCUGGGCCCCCAUUGUCGAGUUUAUCGACGACCAGCACGAGUCGUACAUGCGCCAGGAGCAGCAGCCCAUGCGUAUCACCAAGCAGGACCUUCGUGUGCACGCCUGCCUGUACUUUAUCCGCCCCUCUGGCACCACCGUCAAGCCCCUCGACGUCGAGGUCAUGAAGCGCCUUGGUACCCGCGUCAACCUCAUCCCGGUUGUCGCCAAGGCCGACACCCUCACGCCCGAGGACCUGCUGUUCUUCAAGCAGCGCGUCCGCGAGGUCAUUCACGCGCAGGGUAUCAAGGUGUACACCCCGCCCAUCGAUGUCGACGACGACGCUGCCGCCGACAACGCGCGCCUCAUGCAGGCCAUCAUGCCCUUCUCGGUCAUUGGCUCGACCGAUGACGUCCGCACUGCCGACGGCCGUGUCGUCAAGGGCCGCCAGUACCUUUGGGGUGUGGCCGAGGUCGAGAACGAGGACCACUGCGACUUCAGAAAGCUCCGCUCCCUCCUCAUCCGCACCUACAUGCUCGACCUGAUCUCGUCGACCGAGGAGACCCACUACGAGGCCUACCGCCUGCAGCAGAUGGAGACGCGCAAGUUUGGCGAGCCAAAGGUCAAGAAGCUCGAUAACCCCAAGUUCAAGGAGGAGGAGGAGGCGCUCCGUCGGCGCUUCACCGAAAACGUCAAGGUCGAGGAGGCCCGUUUCCGCCAGUGGGAGCAGCACCUCAUUGCCGAGCGCGACCGCCUCAACAAGGACCUCGAGCAGGCCCACACGUCGAUCAAGGCGCUCGAGUCGGAGAUCGACAACAUGGCCGCGUACCACCGCCAGGGCGGCACUGUCCGCCGCUAG